AUGUUAAGCUGAUAUUAAAAAAGAUCGAGUCCGAGCGAUCAGAAACGAAAGUAGGGAGAAGACUGUUUUGGAAAGGUCAGAGGUGAUAUGAGAAAUGGAACGGGAACGAGAUAUUAAUGAAGUUUUUGAUGAUAUUACUCUAGCAGAAAAUCGAUAUCAAAAAAUUGGUUUUACUCGAGGUUUUAGUUUAGGAGAAGAGACAGGCUACAAAGAAGGUUAUGCUCUGGGCCUUCAGCGAGGAGCACAAAUAGCCUCUGAAAUAGGGUUUUAUAAAGGAUUUGCAAUUGCUUGGAUGAUUGUCUUAGAAGGAGAAGAAACUGCAAAGCUAAGAAAAAUAAAUGCACUGAAAUCAUUACAAGAAAUGACAGAGAAUUUCCCUCACACAAAUAUUCAAGAUGAUGAAUCAGUAAAUAAACUCAUAAAAAUCAGAGCUAAAUUCAAGCAGGUGAUAUCUCUGCUGAAUGUAGAGACAGAAUAUGUAACUGAAAUGAAGCCAUCUACUCAAACACAGCCUCGUCCUGAUGAACUCUCUUUUUGACUUUUCCUCUCUAUCUGUAUUG